ACCGCGUUUUCCUCACGCCUGCUCUUUCAGUAAACAUGGCGUCCGUGAUGCCGGCUGAAGCGUGUGCGGCCGCAAACUCGCCGUUUCGUUCUCCGAAGAAGCUGUACACUAAAUGUGACAAAAAGUGGCUAUCAAAACAGACCAAGCAAGUUAUCUGCAACGUCUACGCUGGAGUGAGGCGCCGUCAGCCUGACUUGUCUACAAAUGCAGUGUGCCAGACUGUCGCCGAGCUCACCGGAGUGAGCGAGCGAACAGUUAAGCGGGUCAAGGCUGAAGCUCUGCGGGCCCCACUUGCCUCCCCAAAGCGCAAGAAAUUGACUUUCUCGGGCCAAGCUGAGAAGCGCAUCACUGGAAAGACGCGGCUCCUACGCUAUGACACGUUUGCGUUGGCAGCACUGCGUCGCAAAGUGCACAGCUACUUCAUGCGCAAUGAAAUACCUACGGCAGAGAAGCUACGCAACGACGUGAUCAGCGACCCUGACAUGGACAUGCCGACCAUCAGCACUCGUACGAUCCAAAGAAUGCUGAACGACUUGGGGUUCGCCUUCCGGAAAAGAACAAGGAAUUCCGCGUUGCUAGAGAGAGACGAUAUCGUUGCUUGGCGUCGAAAGUACCUCCGCACCAUCCGAGAAAUGCGGAGGCAGCGACGGACCAUCUACUACCUUGAUGAGACCUGGGUAAAUGCCGGCCAUACAAAGGGGAGAGUUUGGACAGACACCAGCGUGAUGACUCGGCAAGACGCAUUUCGUCAAGGGCUCUCAACUGGCCUCCGUGCACCGAGCGGUAAAGGAGGACGCCUAAUCGUUUUGCAUGCUGGAAGUGCAGAAGGCUUUGUUGAUGGAGCCGCCCUAGUUUUCCGUGCCAAGAAGGGCGCUGGUGAUUACCACACAGAAAUGGAUGCUUCGCGUUUCCAGAAAUGGUUUGUUGAACAGCUGCUACCUAACAUCAAGCCACACAGUGUGAUCGUGAUGGAUAAUGCGCCAUAUCACAGUGCUCAGGUUGAAAAGCUACCAAGCUCAUCAUCCAGAAAAGCGGAAAUCCAGUCCUGGUUGAUAUCGAAAAAUAUUCCUUUUUCGGAUGACCAACUGAAAAGUGAACUGCUGCAGCUCGUUGAGCAGAAUAAGCAUCUUUUCCUUGCUUACCAGGUUGACAAACUUGCCAGUGCUGCCGGGCAUGAGGUUGUGCGCUUGCCUCCUUACCACUGUGAGCUAAAUCCUAUAGAGCUUGUAUGGAGCCAAGUCAAAGGCUAUGUUGCUUCAAGGAACACAGACUUCAAGAUUGAAUCUGUCGAGAAGCUGCUGCAGGAAGGAAUCGCAAGUGUGACCCAACAGAACUGGCUCCAUGACUGCACUCACGUGAUGAGGCUUGAGGAUGAGGCAUGGGAGCGUGAUGGCAUUAUAGACAGCCAAACAGACAGUCUCAUCAUUUCUUUGUGCACAGACUCAAGUUCUUCAGAUGAGUCGAGCAGCUCCGACAUGAGUGGAAUUGAUGAACUGCCGUGACAUCUCUAUGUGUGCCUUGCAAAUGCUUCGAGCAAAUGAUUGCACAUGUACCUAACCAGAAACUGCGAUAUUGUUUCCGAGGACUACCGGUCACUGCUGUUUCUUUACAUUUUUAUCGCUUAUUCAAUUCAUUGUGAUUUUAUCUGCUGAUCUCUUUUGUUGCACUUCGUGCAUGUUCUGGUUACGUUAUCGUGAUGUGAUAAUGACUGUGGGGAUUUUGUGCGCCAAAACCACGUUGUGAUUAUGAGGCAUGCUGUGCUUGAUGUUGUUCUACAGAUCUCGACCUCUGAGUUUGUUUAAUGUGCACCCAAAUAUAAGUAC